GUAAUGUAGAGUAGAUCCAGAUGUACGUAACAUGACCCACCACUCGUAGUCGUAGGAGACUUGCUUCCACAUUUCCACGCACCGCCUAGCCUGGCCUGGUCUUAUUUCACAAGCACAAACAAACAGACAUAUAAACAGAGACAUAGAAAUGUUAGAGAGAGAUACAGAAAGUCCCCUGAAAUCUAAAAUUUCUCUUACAAAUCCCAGAAAAUUCUGUCCUUUCUAUUUUUCCUUAUCAUCCAACUCCCGCCAUUUUGUCUACAUCUAAUACCUGGAUUCACUCUUUAGUUCUUUUCUUUUCUUUGAAAAAAAGGCAAAUAAAACCAAAUUCUACCGUUUCCAAGAUCGCCCUUUCUUUUGCUUCAAGUCCACUCCAAUUUUAUCAGUUUUUUAUAUUAUUUUUGCGGAUCAAAAAACUCAUUUCUCAGAAUUGAUUAGAAAGAAUCCUUCUUAUUUGCAGCUCAUUUUUGUUUUGUUUUUUUUUUUUAAGAAAAUGGACGAGUUUGGUGUAUUGACAGAACGUUUUGGGUUAAAACCGCAAGGGAAAUCAGCACCAAUGGCGGCAUCGAGAGGAUCCAAUAAUACCCAAAUACCAAAUUUCGCUUCGUCAAACCCGAAAACCUCCCCAUAUUCUUCUAAAUCAACCUAUAAUUCCCAUUCCUUUAAUGGGUCUUUCAUGGAUGAUCACGAAACUCUCCGUAGCAAUUCGAAAUCCCAGAAUUUUGGUGAUGAUUUUGACAUUUUUGGCGGUUUUCAAAAGAAUUCAAAACAAACUAGCACAGGGUUUGGUUUCGAUUAUGAUUCUGUGUUUUCAAGUACUAAAAAUUCGAAUGCGAAAUCGUCUUUUUAUGAUGAUAUAUUUGGUGGGUUAAAUGUUUCUAGUUCAACAGUUAAUAAUAAUGAUAAUGAUGAUAUUUUUGGGGCGUUUACCUCUUCUUCCUCAAAGGCCGCCAAGCAAAGAGCACCGGUUGAUGACUUGUUGGGGGGUUUUGGCACAAAAUUGAAGCCUCCGAGCCGGAAUGGAUCUGUUGGUUAUGAUGAUUUGAUACCCGGAUUUGGUUCCAGCAAAUCAUCAAGUAAAGAAGAAAAUAUAAGAACAACCACACCAGCAUUCACCUCAACAGAAGACCCUUUUGUAGUACUUGAACAAACUUCAACCAAAACAAAAUUGUCCACAGACCCACUGGAGGAAUUUGGUAAGUUUAAUCAUUCUGGAAGAGCAGAAUCUACUGUUUUGUCAAAUCGUUCCCUGCCAUUGAGACCCCCUCCAAAACCAGGGCAAGUUUUGAAGACAGGAAAGAGUUCGGAUGUUUUUGCCAUAGAUGAACUGGAGGACUUUGCUAUGGUUAGGAUGCAAACUAAUGCUCAUAGUGGAUCUAAUGGUCGUCAUGCUAGGGAAGUAAAGGAAAGUGCAGAUGAUCUAGAGUUAUUUUUCGGCAGGGGUUCUCGUUCCAGCAGUGUGCCAAAGUCAAGGCAUGAAGUUCCGGACCCUCUAUUUGAUGCAAAGAUAAAUGCAAAAGGAAAGCCUGAAUUCCCCACUAAAAAAUCUUCUACUUCCUCACCUGGCAUAAGGAAGACUUCUGCAAAAAAUGUAAUUGGUGACCUUUCUUCAAUUUUUGGAGAUGCCAUGUUAUCUGGAGAAUUUGAGGAAGUUGAUGGGGAAAGUGAAGAAAGAAGGAGAGCCAGAUGGGAUCGUCACCAGAGGACCCGGGAUCGAAUGGAACAAGCAGUUGCUGAUAUGAACCAGCGUGACCGUCAAACUUUGCAUGAGCAAGAGGAGAGACGUAGGAUAGCUGACAAAAUGGAUGUUCAAAUAAAGCACUGGGCAGCAGGCAAAGAAGGCAAUUUGCGUGCACUGCUAUCAUCAUUGCAAUACGUGCUUUGGCCUGAUUGUGACUGGGAACCAGUUUCACUGACAGAUUUGAUCACCUCUACCUCAGUGAAAAAAGUCUAUAGAAAGGCAACCUUAUGCGUCCAUCCUGAUAAGGUGCAACAGAAAGGUGCUACUAUCCAACAAAAAUUUAUUGCUGAGAAGGUUUUUGAUACCCUCAAGGAAGCUUGGAACAAGUUCAGCAAGGAGGAACUCUCUUAAAUGCCUUUGAUGACUCAUCCUCUGAAUAUUUGGGCCAUACCAUUUGGCAGUUAUUGGACUUCCAUUUCGAGGUAAAUGAUGCGUGUGCCCUGCUGUGCCGUUCUACACUUUUUAGGUACAAUACCUCCGUUGCAGCAUGAAUCCUGAGGCUCAUAGCUGAGAGAUGCUCGUUCAAGAUCACUGCUGUUGUGUAUGAUGGUGUAAAUUAACGCUUCUUCUAGAAACAUCAGGUUUUACAAAAUUUAUAGAACCCUUCUGCAGGAAAAGUUCAGCAACCAUUUGCCAAUUGCAUUGAUGUUGAGAUUCUCUGGCAAUUUUUUAUUCUUUAUUGUAAUAAUGAUAUUCCAUGAGCCCGUGAAUUUAAUCCAUUGAACAAUCAGAGAGGUGGUUGUUUUGCUGUGCAUUUUGCAGGCGCAAUAAAUUAAUGAUUCUUGAGUUUCAAAAA